AUGGUAAAAGAUCUUAAGCUAUAUCGGUAUUUAGAGAUUGGUCCGGAAGCGGAUGAGAAUGCUAUACGUAAGGCAUAUCGAAAACUAGCAUUGAAAUAUCAUCCGGACAAGAAUCCAUCGGGUACGGAGCGAUUUAAAGAAAUUAGUCUUGCAUAUGAGGUUUUGAGUGAUCCAAAACGUCGACAAUUAUAUGACCAAUAUGGGCUAACGGAAGGGCAACCCCAGGCAGGACCGGGCUUUUCGGGGGGACCAGGGGGGUUCCAAGGGUUUUCCGGACGAACCAGUAAUGGACAAUCAUUUUUCUUUUCUACAGGUGGACCGGAUGGAGGAGCACGAUUCCAUCCAUCAUCUGCAGAAGAUGUAUUUGCAUCAUUUAUGAAGAAUUUUGGAGGAGCAUUUGGAGGGGAAUCGGAUGAUUUUGGCAUGGGAGAAAUGUCAGGUGGUUUUGGAAGGUUAUUUAAUAUGGGAGGGAGUGCAGGUGUACAUGGAAAUCAUAUGGGAUUUAGAGGAAAAAAGGAAGAGCCAGAAAGAGAAAUAGUUACAAAGGCGCUUCCGUUAACCCUAGAAGAAUUAUUCACUGGUACGACAAAACGUAUGAAGAUAAAACGAAAAGUUUACGGUAGUUCGGGUACAGUACGUCAAGAAGAACGUUUCCUAGAAGUUCAAAUAAAACCAGGAUGGAAACCCGGUACUAAAAUUAAAUUCGCCAGAGAAGGCGAUGAAAAGCCUAAUGGUACGGUUCAAGAUAUCCAUUUUAUCAUUGAGGAAAAGCCACAUACGAUGUUUAGAAGAUCGGGUGAUGAUUUGAUCACCGAAAUGAAUCUUACUUUGGUCGAAGCGCUUACUGGAUUCUUAAAAAUGAUUACUACUAUUGAUGGCAAGCAUUUAAAAGUUACAAGUGCUAAUCCGAUACAACCUAAUCAUGAAGUUUGUUAUCCUGGUCAUGGUAUGCCACUUUCGAAAAAUCCCUCCACACGUGGAAAUUUAAUCGUUAUUUUUAAAGUCGCAUUUCCAACUACACUUUCUCCCGAGAAAAAAAACGCACUCAAACAAAUAUUUUCCUAA